AUGAAUAACUUUAUGAAAUUAUUCUCAAUUUUCUUGUUCAUCCAAAUCCAAAUAGCCUUGUCUCAACCAAAUCUUAUACAACAACUCUGCAAAAGAAACCGUUAUCAACCCCUAUGCGUCUCUACUCUCAAUCUUGAUCCUAGAAGCAAAACUUCAGAUCUCCAAGGGCUUGCGUCGAUCUCUAUCGAUGCGACGACAAAGAAAACGAACGAUACGUUAACUUAUCUCAUCUCCGAGUUACGGCGCACUGGAGGAGAUCGCACAGCUUUUGAGAAGUACGGAACUUGCGUUGAUCAGGAUUACGGUGCGUCUACUGGUAGGUAUUUGCCGGGGGCUUUGGCUAAUCUAUGUAAAGAUUUCAGAUUUGGUUUUGAAAUGAAAAGAAGGAAGCUUGAGCUUUACUGA